GGACGAGAAAAGAAUAUAAACUGUUUAUUCAAAAUCGAGUUGUAGAAAUUAGGAAGUUAAUUGAUCCGAAAUCGUGGCGUCAUGUGCCAACCGACCAAAAUCCCGCGGACGUUCUUUCUCGUGGUUCACUUGCAUCGGAAUUGAAAGGAAUGCGUAGUUGGUGGUGUGGUCCGGACUUCCUGCAAGGUGACGAGUCUGGCUGGCCAAAGAAUACCAAGUUUCAAGGGGAUAAUUUCGCAGCUCAAUUGCCCGAAUUUGAAGAAAUACAAUCUGUGUCUACAACCUUGGUUCAGGAUGAGAAAUCAACUAUUGGCGAGUUAAUCGAUUGUCAAUUACAGCGAUUAUGA